CCUCCUUCCUAUCCUAAGCAGAAACAGAGGCUUGCAUACAUAGCUUUAGAGGGAGAGAGUUUUGUAUAUUAUCUCCGUGGAGGAUGAAUUUGAAUAGAGCAUAAGCCAAAGAUAGUGGGAAUAUUGUCAUCAUAGAAAAAUGGGUAGGCAACAAAGUGAACAACAGAAGCAAAACCACUCUCUGAGGAGCAAAGCAGUCCACUUUGUCUCUGAUCUCACCACCGUCUUUCUCAACCCCAUCUCUGAUAAACCCUCCAAGCCUACUCCUAUUCCUCCUACCUCUGAUGAUGAGACUGAGCCAAAAAGAAGUCAAGUAGAAUCGAUUUCAGAGGAUGAUUAUGGGGAUUUAGUUGAUGGGCCUGAUACAUCUUCUUUUACUGCAUUUCUCUAUUCUCUACUGUCAUCCUCAGAAUCUGGAAGUAAAUCAAACUUCGAGGGACUGAAUGAGUAUCAAGCAGAUAGUCAACUGACGUCUGAAGUUAUAAUGAAAGAAAAUAGUGGGAAGAAGAGUUUAUUUUCGAGGGGCAAACAGUCCCUUGGAAGAGCUAUUUACCAGGCUGCUAGAUUAGGUGGGUAUCGACAUCAAGCCUCAGCCAAGGGCAGUUCUGAUAUGAUGCUCGAUGACAGCAAUAAUUCUAAGUUUUCUGAAGAUGAGGGUAUUGAUAUGCAAACUUUGAAUGAACCUGUGCCUUUGGACAAUCUUCCAGAAACUUCUGAACCCUCAUUGCUUCUGUCUGAGAAGACACGCGGUGCUCUUUAUGAUGCACUACCAGCACUAGCUCAGGGGAGGAAAUGGGUAUUGCUAUACAGUACAUGGAGGCAUGGCAUUUCACUUUCUACUUUGUAUAGAAGAAGCAUGUUUUGCCCAGGCCUCUCUCUGCUGGUUGUUGGAGACCGCAAGGGGGCUGUAUUUGGUGGCUUAGUUGAGGCACCCUUAAGAGCAACAAACACGAGAAAAUAUCAG